ACUAGACCGGUAGUAGUGAGUUGAUACAGGGGUCAGGGUAAAACUGCUGGGAUAGUUACUUGAUAACACAAUACUUUCUGAUGCUGAGGAAGUACGCAUUGAAGUAGAAAUGGUGACAUUAUUGAAGACUCUUUCUGAUCACACUGAUGAUAUCAACUGCUGUGACAUCAGUUUUAGUUACCUGGCUUCUUGUUCAUUGGACAAAACAAUCCGUGUAUAUUCUUUGAAUGACUUUUCUGAACUACCAUAUUCACCACUAAGGGGACACACCUAUGCAGUCCACUGUUGCUGUUUCAGUCCUUCAGGAAAACUUUUAGCUUCAUGCUCGACUGAUGGAAGUACAAUUCUGUGGAACACUGAAAGUGGAGAGAUACUGGCAGUCUUGGAACAUCCUGGCAGCAGCCCUGUUAGAGUCUGUAAAUUUUCCCCAGAUUCCACUUGUAUUGCAUCUGGAGCAGCAGAUGGCACAGUGGCAUUAUGGAAUAGUGACACAAGAAAACUAAUCAGGUCUGGUAAAGUUAGUGAUGGUUCACUGUCGGCAUGUGCAUUUUCUCCAGAUGGCAAUAUUUUUGUAAUUGGAUCAAGUUGCGGGAAUCUUACUGUCUGGGACCAUCAGAUGAAGUGCUUGCAGAAUGUUAAAGCUGCUCAUGACCUUGGAGUGACUUGCUGUGAUUUUUCUUCUGCUCUAGUUCUAGAUGAUAUGUAUACCUCAUAUUUUCACAUGGUAUCUUGUGGUCAAGACAACAAGAUCAAGUUCUGGAGUAUGCUGAACAGUGAAUAUUCAGGUUAUUCUCUGAAGUUUAAAUAUGUGUUAAAUGUUCACACAGCACCGGUUUUGUCAUGUGCUUUUUCUUCUGAUGGACGCUUUCUACUAUCUGGAUCUGUGGACAAGAGUGUACUGCUUUUUGAAGUUAGCAGUGGGAAUGUGUUACAUACAUUAACUCAGCAUACAAGGUAUGUCACAACAUGUGCAUUUUCUCCUUUGCUGCAUUUAUUUGCAACUGGAUCUAUGGACAAGACUUUGAAUGUGUGGCAGAUUGGAGAAGAAUCACCUGGAAUUGGAGCAAAAUUAACAAAGAGGUCUAAUUUGUCUAUUAAGGACUGGUCUGAAAAGGAGGUGUCAGAUUGGCUGUCUGCAGAAAGACUUGAAGACCUGGUUGAGAUUUUCAUGAAAAAUAAUAUUGAUGGUAAAGAGUUGCUUGAUAUUACAAAAGAAAGUCUUCAGAAAGAACUGAAAGUUGAGUCAUUAGGAUUGCGUAAUAAAGUGCUGCGGAAAAUUGAAGAACUGAGGUCUCAGCUUCCAUCAGAACAAAGCGGCAUUCCAGAUGAGUUCCUGUGCCCUAUAACAAGAGAACCGAUGAAAGAUCCUGUCAUUGCUUCAGAUGGCUAUUCUUAUGAAAGACUAGCAAUUACAGACUGGAUUGGCACCAGAAAACGUACAAGUCCCAUGACUAACCUUCCUCUGACAUCAUGUUUGCUUACACCUAACCGGACAUUAAAAAUGGCUAUUGAUCGCUGGCAGGAAUCCCAGCAAACAAAAUGAAAUGCACAAAUGUUUAUAAUAUAUAAAUAGAGAAGUAAAUUGAAAAUCACUGGAUUGAAUUUAAUGUAUUUUGCAUUUCUAAACAAUAAUGUGCCAUCCUAUUUUCAAAUUAUGGAUGUAUCCUUAGCACUUGAAUAAAAACUAUAGAUAAUAAAGCUACUCUGCUAUUGCAAAA